AUGCGUGGAACAGCCAAACAAACCCCCUAUUCUCAACGCCGCACCCUCCGCUUCAAGUCAUUACCUUCAAAAUCAAAAGAUACCUCGGCCAAAAAACGGCCGCGGCGUAUGUCGACACUGCUACGCCGUAUUUCGACCAAAAAACGCCAGUCGAGUCAGGCUUUCGAUCCAAACGAAGGGCUGAGCUUCUUCCUCCACGCCCAAGGCUGGCAAAUGGGAUUGGGCGAGUUCAACGAACAUUCGUUUCAGGACCUGGCCGUAGCCUCGCCCCAGAAACGCAACUGGCGUGGCAUCAUCACCGCACUGGCCGUCAUCAUGAUCAUCUGCACGCUGAUUCUGAUCGCUGUUAUGGUUUUGACUCCAUGUAGGUUUCGGCCUUGAUUUUAGGUGUAAUUUAUAUUUUUCAUAUUUAAAAAAUAUUGAAAAUGAAAAUUUAUAAAUCAAUUAUUACCUACAAUUUAUAUUUUAUCAAUUCACAAUAAAACUUCUAAAAAUGACCUCAUUUUGAUCCUUUUAUAGCCUUUUAUUGGUUUCGUAUACGAAGUGUCACAAAAUUUAUCGUUUUUUCGAAAGUUCGUUUUCUUACUUAUAAAAUUCUAAAAAUAAAUAAAAUAGUGUCUAAAUAAUAUUACGUUACAGUAAAUGCUGAUGGAGACGGAGCACGACAACCUAUAUCAUUAAAAGAUGCCAUAGGAUCAGCCAUAUUAGGACAUAUCGAGGCGUUGGAAUGGAUGGACGGGAACAAACUUUUGGUCCGCGCCAACGAUCUUGUUGAAGUUGUGGACUUCAGCACGGAUACGUGGAAGAACUACACUUUGUUUGACACGGAGGCACUUGUAAGUUUAAUUUUUAUUGUGUUUUAAUACAUUGAUUUAAGGUUAUUUUUCUAAUAAUAACAGCUAUUAUCAUAAAUAAUAUAUGGUUUUCCAAUGUUUUAUUAAAAAUAAUAUAAUUUCUGGGUAUUCUUUUAGACAUACUGAUUAGUAUUGAUGUUUUAACAGUUUUACGAAACGAUUUUAUUAAUUAAAUAUUGUUUUAGUACCGGCAUGGCAAGGUAAAGUCGACCAAUGUUAUCCACAACACUCCACAUGUAGAAAUCACUUAUUUUGGAGAGAAAAACGUAAGGAAAAUAGUUUUUUGAUAGUUGAGGUAACAUUUUGAUAACAUUUUGAUAACGUUUUUAUUUUUAGAGGGAAGCCACCUUUGAAACAUACACAACAAAGAGGUUAUACGACACCAGGACUGGGUAUGUUAACAUUGGCACUCUUUGACCUAAAAUUGUUUUGGAAAUUUUGAAAUCUAAAAAUAUGUUGUGGAAGAGAUUAUGCUACGUAUUUCUUGAUCAAAUUAGUAUUAAACUUGUUUAUUUUUUCAAAUAUUUCUAAAAACUUUAAAUUUAGAACGUUUGAGAACAUUGGACCAGAAAAGACUGGAAGUGAAUCUGUCGAUGCUCUAAAGUUUAGUCCAGCUGGUUCUGAUUAUGUACGUUUGAAAUUUUUACUCAUUUUAGCCUUUAAUUGUGACAGUUUUCAAAAAGAAAUAAAAUUAUAUUAUCAUUGACAGCUAAAAUACCUAAAGUAAUAUCCAUUAGUCUAUACAUCUCUAAUCUUUUAAUUUUAGGUAUUUGUGCACAAAUUCAACCUCUACUACCGCUCAGGCUUUAAUUCUGAUGACUUGAUAAAGAUAACGUCAGAUGGCGCUACAGACUUCAGGCACGGUAUCACAAAUUGGGCUUACGGAGAGGAACUGUUUGGUCCAGAUGUGUUCUGGUGGUCAAAGGAUGGAACAGAAGUGGCAUAUAUGACUACAGAUUUGAAGCAAAUGCAGUCAUACAACAUUAGCUACUAUCUGGGACAACAAUACCCGCUAACCCAGAGUCAGAGGUACGCCAAGACUGGUGUCAGACAUCUGGAGAAGGUGGACUUGAAGAUCUGGAACAAGAACACGAAGAAGACUGUCAACUUGGAUGUUGUGUUGCCUGAAUAGUGGGUUUUUGAGGAUGUUAUAGGUAUCAAGUUAUUGAAAAUAAGGUUUUUUUAAUUAAAACAUUUAGGGAAAACGAUUAGAUAUCUUGAGAAAAAAAUUUUUUUGUAAAAUACGGCGUUUGCAGUGUUAAGUGCUUUAUUUUUAGUCAAAAAACAUACCUAAUGCACGCAUCCUACGCUAAACUACAUGGCCAAAACGUGGUAAUCGCUGUUUGGUCGAAUCGAUUCCAGGACGACAUCUCUUUCACAAUAUGCACAGCAGCUUCUGCUAAAUGUAUUUUAGUAGGUUUCUAUUUGUUGUUUAAUAGAGGUGAGAAACUGGCUGUGUAGGCUUGGUUCGGCUCGACCUUACGGUCAGGUUGGGCCGGUCUUUAGCUUAAGUUGAAACGGGCUGAGCCUAAAAUAUGGGCCGGCCUUAGGCUUCUUAAGUAGGCGCGGCUCUAUUUUUUUGUAGUUUUAUUAUAAAAAUGUAAAAUAAUAGGUCAUUCAAAUAAUUCUGUGCCCUCUCUCAAAGCAAGUUAUUGGGCUUAGGGGGCACAGUGUUAUUUGAACAACCUAGUAUUUAUGAUUCAAAAAAGUCGUAUUUUACAUCCAAUUUGAACUCAAUUUACUCCCAUAACAUAACUAGGGGUGAGAAACGGGCCGUCUAGGGCUUGAAAAUUGGGCCCGGGCCCGAAAAAAAAAUUUUUUUAAUUUUUAAAAAUGUUUUAUUUUAAUCCCCGUUGAUAUUUUUUGAUUUUAUUGGGUAUCAUGAUACAUAAAUGAUCUAAAAGAACAAUGCAAAGCCAAAUUUCCGUUUAUUUUUUAAGUUUUAAAAUUUUUUAAAACGGGCCGGGCCGGGCCUAGAAAUUUUCUGACCGGGCCGGCCUGAGAGAAAAUUGAAAACGGGCUGGCCUUAACGUUGGGCCCUUUUCUCACCCCUAAACAUAACUUGUGACACUUCAGACAUAUCGCCAGAGUUACGAGAUUGGAGAGUUUCAUCAAUAUGCUCUACCUGAGCAUGUUAAAGUAACUGCAUCUACCAACAACUCUUUCUUCACUAUCUUGCCACAUCGACGACCAAACGGCGAUGUCUUCAAUCAAAUCGCCAGAAUUACUGUGCCGGUAAGUUCGUUAACUUUAUUUUAUAGAAGUUUGGUGUAAGGUUAAUUUUGAAAAGUUAGCAAACAAAAUUGGUCAAAAAGUUUAUAGAAUAUGAUUUUUUUAAGUUUUUUAUCUUUAUUUCUAUUUUUUGAUUUAUUUUUUUUUAAAUAAAAAUUUUGAAAAAAAAAUUAUUAAAGGUAGAUUAUGCGAUCGUAUUUUACAAUAUAACCUAAUAUAAAUUAAAGACAUUUUUUGAAAAACACUAAGUUCAUAUUGUUGUAGCCUCAAUUUUUACAUGGAAAAGAGAAUUUCUUGGUAAUGGGAGAUCAAGAAGUGGAUUCCAUUGACAGUUAUGACCCAAACACUGAAACAAUGUAAGUGUAAAUGAUUUUUUAAAUAUUUUUUACUUUUCUAUUGAAAAAUGUUGUUAAAAUUAACUUUCCUGUCUAAAAAUUGUAUCAUAAUGUAAUGCCUUUCUAGCUACUUCACCUCCCCAGCCCCAAUCCACCGUCAACUGCACUUAUACGCCACAUCAGCCCUACCUCACUCGAAUCAACAGCCAGCAACAUGUAUAACAUGUGGGGUCUCAUCCAACUGUACCUACCACACCACUACCUUUGCUCCAUCUUCAAGUAAAUUCUUUAUGAAUUGUAAAGGAAUCGGACCGACAACAGUAUAUGUGGCCGAAGUCGAUAGUAAUCGGACAGUAAAAGUGUUGGCUGAGUUUGGUCAGACUUCGGAGAGGGACGAGGAGUUGAUCAGGAAGAAGUUCCCGACUGUUCACUUUGAAAAUGUCACUUUGGCUAAUGGUUUUGGUAGGUUUUUCAGGGAUUACGUUAUCUUUUAGAGGUCUUUAGGUAAUAAAAAGUGAUUUUUUAGCUAAAAUUUAUGAUUUUUUGUUACGUUAGUACACUUUUAAGUCUUACCUUUUAUGUUUUUUGUUUUCAUUUGUCUACUAUAAUAUAAUGUACAACCUUUCCUUGUUGCAGAAGUCUACACUCGCAUGUUCCUACCCCAUGGUGUCUCCUUGAACACGAUCGGAAAGCGAUACCCAGUACUUGUUUAUGUGUAUGGUGGACCAAACAGUCAUCAAGUUCAUGAGGAAUGGCUGCCAGAAAUGCCAGUCGAUGUAUACUUCAGUUCUACAUUAGAAUAUGUCAUUAUCAACAUCGAUGGCAGAGGGUCAGGUAACGCCGGAUGGAGGAGAAGACAGUCCAUGUACGGUCAUCUAGGCACGGUAGAGGUGGACGACCAAAUCGAGGCUACUAAGUAGGUUUUGGGUGGUGUGAACUGGGGUUGUAGUUGUUUUAUAAAGUUUUAUUUAGUAGAAAUUACGUAUUUUACAAGUUUUUUAAGGUUAUAUUAAUUAUUUGACUUCAUCUUUAUUCUUUUAUUACUUAUAAUUGCCUACUACAAUAUAGGAAACCUAUGUUAAGUCCAUUUUUAAGACUUAAUAUACCUUAUGACACUAUAUAAUUAAUAUACCUUAUCUUAAUAUACCUUAUGUCACUAAAGUAAUAUUUUAGGUUACUGCUGAAGAAGCACAAGUUCCUGGACAAGAAACGAGUAGGUAUUUGGGGAUGGUCGUAUGGUGGGUUCGUGACAGCUCAUGCUGUAACACGAGACAACGACCACGUUUUCAAAUGUGCGGCCAUGAUCGCACCUGUAGUCAACUUCAAGAUGUAUGGUAAGUUGAAUCCAAAGUAAAAAAUUUAAUUUUAUAGUGGUAGACAUCAUUGUGAAAGUGGGGGUGGUUUUGAAAAACAGGGAGGGCGAAAACAGUUUACUUGUUUUAACGUGUACUAUAUAUGUAAUACAAAAUAUAGUAGUGAUUUAGCCUUCUAAUGUAUAUUUUUCAACUUUACAACUCAUCAGAAGUGUUAAAAGUAAUAUCUUAACUUUCAGAUGCCAUAUACACGGAACGCUACAUGGGCAACGCUUCCCAGCCAGCCUAUGACGUUACGAAUGUUGCCAAUAAUGUCACAAACUUUCACUUUAUUCGAAGUUUACUUAUUCAUGGUCUGGCUGAUGGUAAGGGCUUCAAAUUUUGAGUUUUUUCAUCAUACUACUUAUAAAAAAUUGGAACUUCUAUAUAACAAGGGGCUUGAAAAAUUGUUCCCUGUUGUGGGGUUUCAUUAUGUCAGGUGUUAUAUUACUUAAGAAUCAGUGUAUUUUUUUUCAAAAUAUUUAAUAUGUUUAUUACAUAGAGCAUUUAAAGCUCCUGUACACCGAAACUCCUUCCUAACAAACAAAAUUUUAAAACCCAAGCCAUUUUUUAUGCAGGAGUUUUACUCUAUAAUCGUUUAUACUAUAUGAGACGUAAGAUGCUCAUCUUAAUCAUGUUAUCUUAAAGAAAGAGAUUGGUCUAAGACAUCAUAAAAGGCUCAAGACGUCAUAAACUUUAUAUUUUAGACAAUGUCCACUUCCAAAACACGGCCGAACUGAUCAAUGCAUUUGUACGAGAAAAUGUGCAAUUCGAACUCAUGGUAAGUAAUUCCGUAUCAUAAUUUUAUUUCGUAUAACGAUGUCUUACUUUAUACAAUACCUCAUAUAUUGAAAAAGUAAAACCCGAUCAACAAGUAAAAUAAGAUAUCUAAUAAAAAAUUAAUUUGCGCCAAUAAUUUAGGUAUAUCCGGACGAAAUGCACUCUCUGAAAGGCGUUCGACCUCAUUUGUUCGAGAUGUUGAUAGGCUUCUUCAAAACCUGCAUGGAUGACAUUGUCUGA